AUGGAACAGUACUUUCAGAGAAAGAGUUUAAAUCUUCCUUCAAAUAAUCUGGGUAGUUCAAAUCCUCCUUCGAAUCAUCUGUCUAGUUCCAACCCUCCUUCAAAUAAUCCGGCUAGUUCCAACCCUCCUUCAAAUAAUCUGGCUAGUUCAAAUCAACCUUCAAAUAAUCCGCCUACUGAGUUGGAUGAAAUAUUAGCUAAUCUUCCUGCAGACCCUGGCCUUAGACCUCCAAUGACUUAUUAUAAUCCCAAUUUUCGAGAACAAAUCCGAAGAGCCUAUCUGCAAAGGGGUCCUUGUCAGCCUACAAGCCAAAACGAUAUGCCUCAAACACUUAUGGGGGAGACCGUGGCAAAGGGUAAUGAAAACAUUGCUACUUUCUUCACAACGGCUAGUAGUGUUGUUAACAUUAUUGGAGCAUCGUGUAAGCGUCGUGAUGCACUUAGAGAGCAACAACAAAAAGAUAUUAUGAAAGCUCUUGAAAUUGAUGAUCUUGAAACAGGGCAAGGGUUAAAUCAAGAGACUACUCUCAAACGUCCUUGUGAUACACGUUGGAACUCACAUUAUGAUACUUUACUGAGUAUUAAUACUAUGUUUCAUCCCGUGGUGAAGGUGCUUGAAUGGAUUGUUGAUGAUGUCAACCAAGAUAAUUUAGGUGAAGCAAAUAGGUUAUUGAAAGAAAUACAAACUUUUGACUUUGUGUUUCACCUAUAUUUGAUGAGAUUUAUAUUGGGAAUCACAAAUGAUUUGUCAAAGGCAUUACAAAAGAAAGAUCAAGAUAUUGUGAAUGCAAUGAUGUUGGUCCAAAGAUGUAAGCAAAAGCUACAAUCCAUGAGGGAUGAUGACUUUGAUGAUCUGCUUGGCAAAGUAUCAAUAUUUUGUGGCAACAAUGAUAUUGAUGUUCCUAACAUGGAUGAUUUAUUUGUACCACAAGGGAGAUCACGUCGUAAAGCUCAGAAAAUCACAAACCGCCAUUAUUAUCAUGUGGACCUAUUUCUUACUAUCAUUGAUAAGAAACUAGUGGAAUUGAAUAAUCGCUUCACUGAGAGCAGCACUGAGUUUUCAUCAUUGAAAGGAAUUACUGAUCUGGCAGAAAAAUUGUUUUACCCGUUGCAACAGCUUCAGUUGAGAGAGCUUUUUCAGCUAUGA